GCUAUACUCACCUAUAACAGGCAAAAUAUUGUUCUUGCAAAUGGCGAUGCCAAACUAGCUAGAACACGUACCAGCAAAUCUUGCUGGGUGGCGUUUACAUGACAAUGACAGCAUCUUCGGAUCCAGCCGUUUCAAACAAAUGAAUCCAUCCACCCACAUCCACCUCAUUCGACCAACCAACCGUGGGUCGUCGCUUCUUUAAUCCAACUCAUAUCGGCCAGGGUCUGGCGCUGCUGAAUAAUCGCGGAUUGUACCUGAGACAACAGUUGAUCAAAGACAGCAGCCAACACGAGCCACAAAGUAGCCAUCUUACCAUCCCACGAAGAUCAUGCCAGAAUCAUGGGACUGCAUGUUAUCGGGCGCUUCCGCGACGCGAUCCACCGGGUCAAAAAGUAUGGAAAGCGACAGAGGAAGUUGACUUUACGUCAACCCGACGACCACCAGCAGCAGUCCAUCUGGGAGCGACUUCCCGAUAGCGUUCUGGUCGAGAUCGCGUCUCACUGCAAUCUGCUCGAAAUUUACAGUCUUCUCUUAACGAGUCGCCUCGUCUCCCGGCGCAUCAGGAAACGCGAAUGCGCCAUCGCCCAAGCCUGGCUCGACCGCCGUCGGCGCCACUACCACCACGUCGUCAACCCCAUGGGCGUCUCUCCAGGAGACGACCUCACCUUCAUCGCAGACCUGUUUCCCCCGCCCCCGCCCACGUACACGAACGAUGGAGACGCCCCUGACGACCGGCCCGACUACACAUUCGGGUACCUGGCUGACCUCACCCGAUGCUGGACGACCUGCAUCCGGCUGUCCUACUAUCUCGCGGACCAUGUCGUCCAACAGCAUCUCCAGACUGAUCCCGACGUGCAGCUGGUCUGGUCGUCGUCGAAAACGGAGAAAGAGCUCGUGUAUAGUCGGGGGGUGGGGAUGCUCCAGGCUCGCCUUCUUGCUCCAAUCACCCACCUUGCCUUCUUCCUCGAAUCCACCGCCUCCGCGGCAGACAACGCCACCACCAUCACCCCCCGAAUCAUAAAAACCCAACAAUCCAUCCUCCAACAGCCCCCCUUCACAGAUACCCAAACCCUCCUCGCAACCCACCACACCAUGACCCUCCUCUGCGCCUCCGCCCGCCGCCUCAUGGCCCCCGACAUCGCCUCCCCCUCCGUCAACAACUGGCUCAGUCUCCUCCUCACAACGUCCACCCUCGAGCGCCUCCUCGACCUCUUCAGAGCAGCCACAACCGACAACACGAACCCUCCUCCCUCCCACCGCACAUACCCAUCCUCAUCCCCAUCGUCCUCAUCAUUCUCAUUCUCAUUUCCAUCCCCAUCCCUAUCAUCCCCUUUAGCAUCAGCAGUAUCGGCCCUAUCAUCCCACCACCACCACACCACAAAACUCAAACACUCUUCCACGAUCUCCAUCCCCUCCUCAAGCUGGACUCCCCGCCGCGAAUUCCUCUGGCGCAUGCGCGACGACUGGGCUGAGUUUGUCGCGUUGUCGUCUCCCACGGUUCCUGAUCCAUCGUCCCCGAGGGGCCAGAGCCGCGCUGACAGGCGCGAGAGGCUAUCGCUCGCACUGCCGGAUUUACAGGGUGUGUGGUUUGGGGCGGCGCAGAAGGAGAUGGUGCGGAGGGGGAUUAUUCCGCAUGAAAGUGAGGAGAGUGUGCAUAUUUUGCAUGGGUCGGGGGUGCGGUUGGGGUGUGUGUUUUGUGUGGAUAUGGGCUCUUGAUUUACUUAUUUCUACCUUUGACUUUAGUAUUACUUUGUAUUCGUGGGAAGAGAAGGGGGUAAUA